ACAAGGAAGUAAACGCUGUCGGAUCGAAGCAGGAGCCCCUUUUAUGCUCUAAAGUGAACGCAGAUCCGUCGACAGCUCAGUAAUAGAAUUCAAAGCACCACGGCUGUGCUAAGGAAGUUAGCCGUCAAGCUAAUUCCUCCACUUAUUUUCACAAAACAAGCCUUAGACGGAGAAACAGGAAGGAGACAAAGACAUAGUGAAGUGAAAGUAGGGUGAGAGGGCAUGAAGAUAAACAAACAAAAGACGUAAAGGUCAGGGCCUGGUGCCAUGCAGAGGAAGAUUAGUCCUUUUAUCCCCAGAAUUAUUAUCAGCCACCAUGGACCAAAAAGGGGAACCCCAGGAUGGAGCUGUGGGGCUGAAACAUGAGGAGCUGCCACAGAUGGAUGGGUCAUGUGAUGCCUGCGAGCCUGACGAGGCCCAACCGGCCACACACGUGUGCUACACCUGCAGCUUCGCCUUCUGCUCUGUCCAUGCUGACAGACAUGCCAGCAGCACACAUCACCCCAUAAUGCCUUACAAUCACGAGGGGACACAGGAUAAUGGACUUGGCAACAGCAGAGACUUUAGAGUCGGAGAUGGAGCUGAGGAUGAGGCUGGUGUGGAGAGGGCAGCUGGGAUGGGCGCUAAUCAGGACAUGGCGCUUCUCGGAGGGGCAAUGGCUAAAGGCGAUGAGAGUGGUGAUGCUGUGGAAAAAGAUGGAGCUCAGAAUGGCGUGCAGCUGGAGGCUGAGCCCGGCGAUGGGGCAGAGGGCGCAGAAGCAGGGCAGGAGGCCGCGGCGGCCGGAGAGGCUGGGAAGAAUAACAACGUGACAGUAGAGAGACUGCGCUGCAAGGAGCAUGAGCAGGAAGGCUCCCUCUACUGUAAAAAUGAUGAGAAAGUCAUCUGCGUGGUGUGCGCCGUGCAAGGUGAGCACCGUGAGCAUGAGAUCAUCACGCUGUAUGAGGCCUACGUCUGGCAGAAGAGCAGGGAGGGGUAUGACCUGCUUGGCUGUACACAGCGGAUGUCUGAGACAAUCAAGACCAGGUGGACCAACCCCGAGAUGUCAGUGGAAGAGCUGGAGGCCUAUGUGAACAGCCAGUUCGAUGAGCUACGCAGACUGGUGCGUCUGGAGGAGAAGAGGACCCUUCAUCUGGUAGACCUCAAAGAAGCCUUCCUAACGGCAUCCGCUGCUGAGAAAAUCGCUGAGAUCUCUGUCGAAACGGAGCGCCUGCAGGAGGAGAUGGCCAACAUCACACACCAGCUGUGCCUGCUGGAAAAGGCGGAGGCGUUGGGCCCUGCGGGGGCAGCAGUAGCUCUGGCAGCGGUACCAGCCCACAGAGUCCAGCGCGACAUUGAGGCCAGGCCAAGGUUUCCAGAGCCAAGGGCACACCCCAUGGACCCCCGGGACUUUGAUGACAAUGAUUCUGGACCAUCCAUGGACCACGCCCCCUGAUACCAGCAGACCUGACUCCUACCAUCCACCUGUCCUUCAGUCUCUGCUCCAGCCAGCCAUCGGCCCCUUUGAGCUGUCAGGCAUCUCCCUUUUACCCCUCUCCCUUUUACCCCUCUCCCUUUUACCCCUUUACCCUUUACCCUUUACCCUCUCCCCUCUCCCCUCUCCCCUCUCCCCUCUCCCCUCUCCCCUCUCCCCUCAUGGUGCCUGCUGGCAGUGAGCUGACCUUGAAGAGGGCUGCUGUGACAAAUAUGGAUGGGCCAUGUCUUUUUCUGCUCUCCAACUUUUGUAAUACCAUACUCGCUACUAACUUUCUUAAAUUAAAGCACACAAGUUAUGUGCAAUCAAUUACCAUCAAGCUCAAUUUCCACCGCCAGUCAGAUCCUUGGCUUACUGGUGAGCCUGGCUGACUCAGACAGGAGCCUGGCUAGGCAGCCGAGCGAGGCAUCUGUUAAGCCCGACAGAUGUCACAAAACGGGAAAUUCUGUGACGCCGUGCGCUUCACACUUCAUCUAUGUCCAAUAUGAUUUUGUUUCGACAAACACUCUGGACACUCCCAGACAAAGAAAAGUGAACUUUUGUAUGCCGAUAUGCCUUACACCUUCGAGAGAAUAUAUUACAAAGCUGAUCUGGGUGUCAUAUUUUUUUAUUGUACUAAAAAAAAAUAAGUGUCUUAAGCUUUCGUUAUACAAUGAUGUCUCUUGCACUUUCCAUCAUGCUGUUGCCUCCCCCCCCCCACCACCCCCUCCUCUCCCUAAACCCUCUGCCCUACCCGCUGACUCUUUAUGCUUGUAGAUUUGCGCACACUUCCUUGCGUUUGUCAGAUCUAUUAAAGAAAGCGGGGGGACAUUUUGACACAUAUUGAUUGGUGAAUGUUGCUGAGUCUUUGUUAGGUGAAAAUCGAACUGUAAUUUGACUGUGCAAAAUAGUACUCGCGCAGUAUCAGCUUUCUUUACACUGUAAUGUAAAGGCUCAUUACUCUUGGCCAAUCUGCAGCACAUGACAGAUUGCAAUCCACGCGAGUGUACGCACUUUCCACCUUGACCCGCUCAGCCAUGGCUCUCAUUCAUGAUGUACCGCCGCAAGUCUGUCUGUGUCAGCAGUUUGUUUUGAAUGUGAUUGAUUCCGUUGCCUUAAAUACAAAAUGGAAAGCGGUGUCACCCUUAAUAUAUGGGACAUGUUUGACAACAACAUGACUUCACUGUGCUGUAGCACUGUACAAAGAUGCACUGAGAGUUGUUUACCCACCGGAAGGGAUAAAUUGGUUUGUCAACAGCAUAUUGAAAUAAGUCCCGCAGCGCAAACUUUAUAACUACCAACAUAAAUCUGACUGUUUGAUGUUUCCACUUGUUUUGAUUUGUCUAUUAUUGUCUUAAAUCUAUAAAUAAACAGUCUGCUUCUUGGA